ACAGACUUAAGAAAUGGUGGGUGGUUAAGAAAAAAGUCCUCAGAAUUAAAUUACAGUAAUGUUGAAAUUUUACAGACACGGCAUGCCCUAUUGCGCUUUAAUAUACAUAAUUGCCACAGUCAGUUAGGCCUACUAUAAAUCGUGCAAUGUCUGAGAUUUAUAAUGCAUACUUAUCAAUUUUACAAAUUCCUGACCACUUUUUGUUUGGAACUUCUUAUUUGCAGUAUUUCAAUUUUUUCAUUCAGACGUGAUUAAGUAGUAAUAUACGUAAUAAAUUAUAAUGCUAUCGAAUAUAUAGUAUUUAUUUAAUUUAACUGUCACGUUCUUAAUAAGUACGUUUUAUGUACGUUUCUGGUUUUUGAAUUUAAAUUUCUCUAUGCCUUCUAAAUUCAGCGGUCUUUAGUGGAAGGUAAUAUAACGUGGCCGUGAAAAGCGCGAGACCCCCUUUUUUAAUCGGGGACAGGAUUCCCAUCAGCCACCGCGGCCCGAGCAGGGAAAAUGAAGGCGGCCAUAUUGUGUUAACAGCAGACGGCGAAAGAAAGGGGGUAGGAACACGGCAAGGGAGAGCGAAAGCAGCUUAAGGCAGUACAAAGAAAGGAGUACAAGAAGCUUUAAAUAAUCGGCCAUCCCAGGAGUCCGGACCCUACGAGAGGCGCCAUGAGCGGGGGAACCCCUUACAUCGGCAGUAAGAUCAGUCUGAUCUCCAAGGCCGAGAUUCGUUACGAAGGGAUAUUAUACACCAUCGACACCGAGAACUCCACUGUCGCCCUCGCAAAAGUGCGCUCCUUUGGUACUGAGGACCGGCCUACUGACAGGCCCAUCUUACCCAGAGAUGAGGUUUUCGAGUACAUUAUCUUCCGUGGCAGCGAUAUCAAAGACCUUACGGUCUGUGAGCCGCCAAAGCCCACCUGCUCACUUCCCCAGGACCCAGCCAUCGUCCAGUCAUCCCUGGGAUCCACCCCUUCUGCGUCAUCAUUCCAACCCAUGACCUCCUACAGGUCAUUUGGCCAGCCCCCUGCUGCCCCCUACAACCAGUUCAACUCUAACCCCCUGGUAAACCAGCAGUUUGGGAACAUCGGAAGUACAGCGCCCUCCUUUGGCGGCGACGCAAGCGGCGCCACCGCCCCCCCAUUGCCCCAGACCAGCGGCUUGGGGUCUGUUUUCCCCCCAGAGUUGCGCUUGCAGACCACACGCCUGACGGAAGGUCGCUCUAGUCCGCAGAUGGACCCACUGCGAAAGAGUCCCGCCCUGGAGCAGGUGGUGCCGGCAGCUUCGGCGUCUGCCCCUGUCCACACUGCCUCUGCACCUCUCAGCCGGAGGAGUCCGGCUCGGCCCUCCACCACCAGUGGCCAGAAGCCCAUGGAAGUCCAGGAGCUGCGGAGGGGUGGUGAUGCGCAGAACUCACAGCGGCAUGACCCUGAACAGGGGCGCGGUGAAAAUAGGGAUGGCAGUAAAAAGCCAGCAGGUGCUUUCCAGCCCCGGCGUGGCCGUGGGGGCGGGGGAGGAGGAGGGGGCCACCGCGGCAGGGGCCGUUUCACUGUGCGCAGGGACGGCCCCGUCAAGUUCGAGAAGGACUUCGAUUUCGAGAGCGCCAAUGCCCAGUUCAACAAGGAGGAGAUCGACAGGGAGUUUCACAGCAAGCUGAAGCUGAAAGACGAGCGUCCCGAGAAGGCAGUAAAUGGUGAGGAUAAGGGCGACUCGGGGGUGGAUACGCAAAACAGCGAGGAGAACGCUGGCGAGGAUGACCCGCUGGGACCCAACUGCUAUUAUGACAAGUCGAAGAGCUUCUUCGACAACAUCUCAUGUGAUGACAGCAGGAAAGCAGCUGAAAAGUCUGGCGGAUCAGCGUUUCCCAGGGAGCGUAAGCAGACCUGGGCCGAGGAGCGCCGCAUGAAUGCUGAGACCUUUGGGAUCCCACUGCGCCACAGUCGCAGCCGCGGCGGCUUCCGCGGCCGGGGCGGCACUGGUUAUCGUGGCAACAGAGGCCGGGGAGCCAGCCGAGGGUCCUUCGGUCCGCCCCGUGGGGGCGGUGACGGCAACAUCAGGGGUGGCUUCAGAGGACGUGGCGGAAGGGCAGUGUCAGACCUGGAGUUCAGGAAGGAGGAUAAAGUGACUGCAUGAUGCACCUGAAACUGCACCCAGGAAACAUCUCUUCGAAGUCCAAAAACAAGUUUUCAGCGCUCUUAAUAAAGAAGGAAAAUGAAGGAUGAAACUUGAUGUAUAACUGUCACCAGCACUGGGGUAGACCGCUUCUCUUCAGAGUGUAAAUGCAGUUUUUUUUUUUUUUUAAUUACAAAAAGUAUUGCAGUCUUUGAAAAUGUUUCAGCUGUUUAAAAUAUCUCAUAAAUACCGUAUUUCAGUGAAACUUCAGUAUUUUUGCAUCUCUUUUCUCCUAAAAUGUAUUUGAUAAUGUUCUGUUAGGUGUACGGUAUGUAUGGAGGAGCCCGCUGAUACUGUGAGAACUUAUCACUGAAAUAGCUUUAUUUUUUAUAUAUAUAUUCUGUAUGGUACCUUUAGAAGCAACAAAAUUGUGUAUAUAGUCUGUUGGUUCAAGUUGAAGCUUUUUACCUUUUUACCUUAAUUUGUUUUGUACUUCACACAUACUGACAGUCAGUUCUCCCACCUUUGUACUGCCUGCUGUGACUUGCAGAUUGUUCUGAUCAGUUACUUUGUGUGUGUCUCUGUCUCUGUGUGUGUGCGCGUGUGUGUGGGGUAAAUUGGCAGUAUGGGCCAUGCUAGUAGUCCUACAAAAUACCAAGCUGUUAGCGCCAUCUAGCUGUUGGCACUGCCCCCUGCCCAGGUGACUCUUCUCAGACCAUGUGGUGUUUUUCACGGAGUGCAAUGGGCUUCCCUCUAAAAGCCGACAGACAGAUGCCGUCCAGAGCCCAAGCAUGGCUGGAAUAUAUUUGCCUGCCAUCGACGCUCUUCUGUGUUUCUGGUUCUCAGCGGGAAGUUGUGGUGCCAACCUCGUUACGCUUUUGUGGAAUGUGCUUCGCCGGAAAAUUUUAGAAGCCCCUUAGUUUUGAUGGCUGCUGCAAAAGGUGACCUCUGCCAUUAAGCUGUAUGAAACGUACACUAGUUUGUCCAGUUGGGGGCAGUAGAUGCAGGGAUGAGUAGCAUAGGAUGUUUGUUGCCUGUUAGUUUUCCUGUUCUGUAACGUCAAUGGGCAGGAGUUUGAUAGUAGUAUUUAGCUGGUAGGAAGGAAAUUAAUUCCUAAAGGAUGAGGUUGGAUCUUGAGAAACAUACUCUGCACUUUACUUAAUCCUGGUCAGCUGUUAUAAUUCAGAAACAAUUUUGUGUAGCUCUGGUUCUGCAGCAGGUGAUAUGUUCUGUAUGAUUGGUCCUUGGAGGAUGUAGUUCAGUGGUGCUUUGAAUUUGUGUUCUGCUUGGCGUUCUAAAUGUUUGAACUGCAGGGGGCAGUUUUUUUAGCUUGUGUGUUUUUUUUUUUUUUUUUUUUUUUAUAAAUAUCUCCAAGAUCAACUGUAUAUUCAAGUAGUGGGUUGUCUUCAGGGAUCUAGCCUAUAUGCUUGAUUUGUUGCACAGUGUCAUAGAAUGUACUAUCCCCCCCCCCCCCCCAAAACAUUUUUUUUCUUUCUUUUCAAGUAGCCACAUGCAUUACAGCUCUGAAAAUGCAGGAAGGAAUUGUUCAUAUCUAGGCAAAAUGGGACACCCCAACCCAGCUCUUUCUGGCAUCUCCUAUGGUGUGGAAUAGUAUUGUGUUUUAUGGAAAUUUAAGUGUAAAUGUUCUAGAUAUUUACCAUGUACUGGUACAUAGGAUUUAUGGGAGCUGUUUAAAUCUAAAAUGGAACAGAAUUAGGUCUUUAUGGGUUUAUCUGAUUGGUCUGUCACUGCAGAAAUGGUUGGUCAAGUUAGGGAGCUGUAUCGCCUACUUAAGACUUUGAAGCACUACAGAUUGUUCUAAUACUCAGGCCACAGAAUCUGGCAAUAGAUUCAAGUGGUGAAAAUGUGGGUGUGGUGAGCAGAUGAGUCACUGCAUGGUUGCCAUGCCUUGCAAGAAGUCCCAAAAAUCAUGAAAAUUAAAACCCAAUGUUCUUGAGGUGAUUCAGUCCAUUUAAAAUGAUGAAAUGUUCCAUUAAACAAUGUCUACAUGCUACAUCUUGUGAAGUAUUGGUUGAUUCUUGUGACUUCAGAAACAUCCGGUAUGUUUUAUUCUUCAGUUUACUGGCAUGGCAUCCUUUCCAAGUGCCUCCUGACUGUGGGGGUUUUAUUGGAAUUGAGAAAUAAACAGUUGUUUGAUAGCUGUCUUUGUCAGCACUUUGAUUUGAACCUCCAUCACCUUGGAGUUGUGUUGCUUUCAGACAAGAUUUGCAUAAGUGUUAGCUGCUUAAAUGACUCCUGAGUUUUCAUUUGAUAUGAAAGGGAGAAGCUUUGAGAAUCUAACAUCAUUGAAUGAGUCUUCAAAGCUAGUGGAAGGUGCGUUACUGCCAGAGGCAUGGUGCAGUGAUCCAGUACGCUUUAUAUUCCAGCAAUGAGUCCAUGUUCUGUGGUGCCAGAAUGUGGUCCAGCUUCAGAUCAAAUUGUUUGUAUUUAACAUGGCAGUCUGAAAUUGUUCUUUUCUGAUCUGUGUUUGCUGUUGAACCAUACUCCUAGUGAUACUUGUACAGGAAUUUGCCUCCAAUAUGCUUGGCAGUUUUCAAAUGCAUGCAUCCACACCAUUGUAGUAAUUCAGAAUAAUACAACUGAAGUUUGCUUGCUAUGGACACAAGCCAAUCCACUUGCACUUAUUUACCAGUAGCAGAAAAUAGGUUCCUGUGUUUCCAUGUACCUAGAACCCUUUACCUGAUAUAGUACAAGGCUAUGGCCCUAGCCAAGACCGAACACACAUUGUUUUUCUUUGUCUCCCUUGUGGUUUAAGCCAAAUGGCUUAUUUUCAUUUGUUUUCACAGUUUUGUCAAACUUAGACCCAAAUAAAGUAACCAUUCCAUCCUCA